GCCUUUAAUAAACAACUCAUUAUUUGCUUUACUACAUAUUCUUUUCAGAGUACCGACUCACGUUUUAAGACUAUCGACGAGAUUAUCUGAAUGAAAGUCUGUUUACGUGUUGCAGUUUACAGUAAUUUAUAUUGAGACAGUUAAGGUCACCGUUACCUUUGUACUGUACGCUACAAGGACGUACUGAUAUUAAAAAAGUUAGACGACUAACAGCUAGCAAUCAUGGCUGCCACAACAUUGAGGAAUAGUGCAAAUCGCCUGAAUUCGCUUUGGAAAGGGGUCCACAAGACUAAUGUUUAUGGCGUCGGAGCAGUGCCAGCCCAACAAAGAUACCAAUCAACGGCACCCAGCAUGGUUGGCAGAGAUUUCCUUACGCUCAAACAAUUCAGUUCAUCUGAGAUACACCAACUCUUGUGGACCGCUAUGGAUUUGAAAACAAGGAUUAAAAUCAACCGUGAGCUCUUUCAGCCCCUCAAAGGAAAAUCAAUGGCGAUGAUCUUCCAGAAGAGAAGCACCAGAACGAGGCUAUCGACAGAAACUGGAUUCGCUCUGUUGGGUGGUCAUCCAGUAUUUUUGAGUCCACAAGACAUUCAUCUUGGUGUUAAUGAGUCGAUCAAAGAUAGUGCCAGAGUACUCUCUCGAAUGUGUGACUUGAUAUUUGCUCGUGUCUACGGCCAGGACAUAUUGGAUGAUUUAGCAGCGGAGUCUGACAAGCCCGUAAUCAGCGGUCUCUCUGACCUAUAUCACCCUCUCCAGAUUCUAGCUGAUUUCAUAACUCUACAGGAAAAAUUUGGUCGCCUCAAGGGACUCAAAGUCGCAUGGGUCGGUGAUGGAAACAACAUCACACAUUCCCUUAUGAUGGGAUGUCCUAAAAUGGGCAUGGAUCUCCGUAUUGCUACCCCUGUAGGAUAUGAGACAGACAAGGCGGUCAUGGAGGACGCGAUUGAGCUAGCCAACGAGCAUGGUACCUCGAUCACUACUAGCAACGACCCCAUGGAGGUUGCCCAUAAAGCAGACGUCAUAGUUACGGACACUUGGGUCUCCAUGGGCCAAGAGGAUGAAAAACAGGAACGCAUCCAAGAAUUCCAAGGUUACCAAAUCGACCGUAACAUGGUGUCAGCGAUGGCCGACAAUUGGGUGUUUCUUCAUUGCCUCCCUAGGAAACCCGAAGAGGUGACUGAUGACGUAUUCUACGAUGAGAAACAUUCCCUUGUGUGGCAAGAAGCUGAAAAUCGUAAAUGGAGCGUGAUGGCGGUCAUGCUUCACUUAAUCAAAGACCACGCCUGCCAAACAAACAGGCCCAACUUCAAUGCAAAAUAAGUUGACCGGUAUUAACUUUAAGGAAGCAAACGCCAUGUACAUUGAGAUUAUUUCUUGACUGAUAAUGCGCUUUUACCGAAUGUGUUUUCGCCCAUUCAAUUUUGCCAUAACAUGUAAUAUAUAUACAGGGUGGGCCAAAAAAACCCACCCCCCUAACCAUUAAUUCUGAUAAAUAUUUAUUUUUUAACAUGUACACCAACAAUGAUAUAUCAUUUUAAAGAUAAUUUAAUUUGCAACAAAAUGAUAUAUAAUAGAACAGUUUUCAACAAUCCUGG